AUGUCUACCUACGAACUAUCUGAAUCGCAAAAGAAGGCAUUCAUCCAGAAAUACAGCCAUCUUCCGCGCCCAUUCUUGCCGUGGAGGUGGGAAAAGGACACCGACCAAACACUCUCAGAGUGGGCAUACGAACUCGCAGGGGUGUGUCCCCUAAAACACAUACCCCGCCGCCUGUAUCUCAAAGAAGGAAAGGGCAAGCGAUUCCAAGCACCGCGCUUUAACUUUGGCUGGGCCAUGGACUGCAACACCCUAUGGGACAUCGCUCACCGAUGUGGUUUCUCAGCUGCCUACGAGGGCUGUACGCUGGCCAAUGAGGGGCUGGGGAACGACGGUCUCCCUCAUAAACCUUAUAUCCAAACGGGCGAAGCCACCCGCCUCUUGAACUCUAUCCUCGAGGAGAGAUUCCCCGAAAUCCUGGCUGACCUGGGAGGACAUCCGGUUUGCGUCGAAUUAGCCCGUUCGAAAUGGGAUCAGGCCAGCCUUUGCAUCUCCAUCACCAACAGCUAUCAGAGUGGAAAUAAGAAGCCCAAGGAGGAACAUAUCGCCAAGUUGGUAGAGUUUUUCGGCAUUGGGCGGAAGGAGGAUGGGAAGAGUGAACCGUACGGUGGUCCAGAGCCGGCGUGGUGGCUCGAUGGGUUGUGGUGUGUAUGGAGGUGGUACGAUGCGAGGUUGUAUAAAAUCGAGAUGGGACUACUUAAGGAGCGGUACUAA